GCCGUCCAAUUAGCACAAAUUAAGGAGGGGCAGGGCUGCCAAAAAGGGAGUUUCAUCAAUGUCCUCCUCCUUAUAAUAUCUCGAAACUUCCAUCUACAACGACCUAGACGGAGCAGAAGAAAUUCCGAGAAUAAUAUAUAGCCAGCCUUUCCGUCUUCCAGACAUCCGCGAUUCGUCGAUUCCUUUCCCUUCUAUACCAAUUAUCAUCUUCAUUAACUUCGUUGAUUAUAUUCUCUCGCUCUUAUCCAGGAGGAACGAAGCUCUCGCUCCGCUCUUCCAAGGUAAGGGACUUGUACAGCAGCAUCAAGGGAAUGCAUAAAGAUGUGCUUCACCUUUGAGGCCUGCGCACUAAACACCGACGCCCAUCUGCUUCUCAAGUCCAAGCCAAUCGUGCACGGCAUUGGGCAUGAAUCUCAGUGCACGACGAGCAAAUGUUGCAGCAGCUUAACGUUCUACGAUGCCCCAACUGAUUGUCUUUUGAAGCACGAUUUUGAGGAAGACGGUUAGUUUUUUGUCAAAUAUAAUAUCCAGGGGGAAGAUCAGGGGCUGGCCCUGAACUAUAAUUGGGUGGAAAUGGAUACUAAGGGUAACAUAUUGAUGGGGAAAUAUGAAAUCGGGAGGUUCUUGGGACAAGGCGCGUUCGCCAAAGUUUACUAUGGGAAGCACAUCGAAACAGAGCAGGCUGUGGCGAUCAAAGCAAUCGACAAGGCAAGAGUAGCAAAACUUGGACUUAUGAACCAGAUCGAGCGAGAGAUAUCAGUGAUGAGGUUGAUCAAGCACCAAAACAUUACUCAAAUAUACGAAGUAAUGGCCACGAAAGCCAAGAUUUACUUUGUGAUAGAGUACGCUAAGGGGGGAGAGCUAUUUCGGAAAGUCGCCAAGAAAAGGCUAAAAGAAGGCACCGUCAGAAAAUACUUUCAGCAGCUGAUUUUUGCGGUGAAUUUCUGUCACAAGAGGGGCGUUUAUCACCGGGAUUUGAAACCAGAAAAUCUGCUUCUGGACGAGCACGGUUGCUUAAAGGUAUCGGAUUUUGGUCUGAGUGCACUCUCCGAAUCCCAGGGGCAGGAUGGGUUACUCCACACGGCCUGUGGAACCCCAGCUUAUACUGCUCCGGAGAUUGUUACUAGGAAAGGCUACGAUGGAGCUAAAGCUGAUAUAUGGUCUUGUGGGGUGGUUCUAUUUGUUUUGUUCGCCGGUUAUCUUCCGUUCUACGAUCAGAAUGUUAUGGAGAUGUAUAGGAAGAUAUUCAGGGCCGAGUACACGUGCCCUGAGUGGUGCUCACCUCAAGUAAGCAGGUUGCUUUCAAGAAUGCUCGAUCCAAAUCCGAAAACCAGGGUUUCCAUUGAUGGAAUAAUGGCGACUCCCUGGUUCCGGAAAGGGUUGGAUUCAAAACUGGUGAAGGGUAAAGCAGGAGACAUAGAUGCCGAUGCAGGAACUGAUAUAGUAAAACAUUUUGGUUUUGAAGAUCUUGCGGCAAUGUCAAAACCUGUUACCCUUAAUGCAUUCGGCAUCAUCUCACUCUCCUCCGGAUUGGACUUAUCGGGUUUGUUAGUGAACACUGACCAAAAGGAUGAAGCUAAGUUCACGUCGGAUAAGUCUGCAUCUACGAUCAUUUCAAAGUUUGAGGAGAUUGCUGGUAACAUGAAAUUGAAAGUGACAGAGAAGAACGACAAAGGUUCCUUGAAAUUAGAGCACCAGAAAGACAGUUGGAGUGGAAGUUUAACAAUCUACAUAGAAAUCUCCGAAAUCACUUCCUCCUUCCAUUUUGUUGAGAUGAUGUCUAGAGGCGACGGAUUAUAUUUUCAGAAAAUCCUGAAACAGGACAUGAAACCGGCUCUUGGGGAUAUUGUAUGGGACUGGCAAGGCGACCAAAAGGUAAUAGAACUCUCUAGAGAUAUACUAGCUUAGCUGCUGAAUCUCCAACAUCUCUUGUUCCAUUUGUUUCUGCUAUCCGAUCUUUUUGACAGUUUGUUCUAAUAGUUUGUUUUCAUCUACAAUCUAUCGAAUGUUUUCAUCAUUUCUAUGAAAU